AGUUGGCUAGUGGUCAGAGAUGAUGGGAGUUCUGGUCCAGCAACCUCUGAAGGGGGCAUCCAAUGGUUCAUGUGAGUUUCCUAAUGGAUGAAUAAGCCCCAAAGAAGCCAAACUGUUGCUCAGAAGGCUCAUCAUAUGUGAGAUUUUUUUGGGUGGUUGGGUGGAAGGAGACUGCACAUGGCGGCUACAAUUUACUAUAGUAGUAAUCUCCACCUCUCCUGGCCUUCCAUCUCCUUUUGUUUCUGAGUAAAGCAAAACCAGACCAAAUACAACAUAGGAGCUACUGGGUCGUAUUCCGCUCUGCAAACAGACUACAGGUGGAGUAAAAUAUGGAUGGAAAACCUAUAGACUUCCCAAUAAUGCUGGACUCCAACCAUCCCUGACUAUUGACCAUGUUGGCUGGGAGUGAUGAGAGCUGGGACAGCUGGAGGGGUAUAGGUUCUUCACCUCUGGUCUAAAAUUAGUAUUAAUUGUGUUACUGCCAGGAUCCCGCUCAGUGCUCUAUAACAACCAUGCUGAUCAGCAGCUCAUGAGGGUUGCACAAGCACUAUGCCUGUCUGUGUGCAUGCACCUGUUCAGAAUUCAAGGCCCUUUGCUCUUCUGAAUGGCUUCCAAGUCUUUAAAUCAAAUAGGUGGGCUUCCUUUCCCAGCUUGCUGCAACAGAUCCUUCCUAGCUAAGCAAUUUCUCCCACUAAUUGGGAGGGGUGGAAAGGGCAGUUAGCUAGUGUUGUGCAAGGUUGCUAAGGAACGCUUGCAAACUCAAGGAAACUCAGCUACUCGAAGCAGUCCUGCGAAAUGCCUAUAGCCUCCACUCUGCACUCAAGAGAAAGGAGUGCUGGAGCUAAUCAAGUGUGGUUGGGAAAGAUAAUGGGAUUUUAAUCUGAAUAAAUAGCACAUUAAUAGCAAACAAGGUAAGCAAAAUGGAUUUUCUCCAGGUGAACAGCUUCUGUUACAUUUCCAGGAAGAAACUGUAAAAGGUUAUAAAUUUGCUGGGAUGGAUUCUAUUUACCAUCAGAGAAAGCCACUUACGUUUUCCUGGCUCGCAUACAGCAUUCCAGAGCUCACAUGCAACCUGUGAGAAAUAGAAACGAGAGCAUUGUGAUCGAAGUCCGUGUUUUGUCCUUUUGGUUCUUGUCCAUCCAAACCCUUUUUGACAUUCCAGAGACGGCUGGCUCACCACAAAUUAUUCUGGAGGAAAUUAAAUUCUGAAAGGACAUAAAAGCCGAGCAAAGAACCACCUUUGGAGAUGUAUUGAUUGAGAUAAAAGCAAAUUAAGCACGAGCACCACAUUUCCUGGGUCAAAAAAAAAGCCAUGGCUGCUACUGGGAAGCAGCUGCUUAACAUGGCUGAAGAUUCUGUGAGAGAGAAAAGUACAGAACGACUUGAAAACAGGCUGACUAUUCAUGAUUUUAUGAAGAUGCAGGAGUUUUUUAAGCUCCCAGAAUCAAAUGAGAGCACAGGCACAAUAACGAGAGAAGAGUUUGUAGACAAAAUGUCCACAGCAGUUCGGCAAGGCACCAAGGAAGAGUACGGCGAGCUGUUUGACAAGAUAGAUUUGAUCCGAGAUGGCCUUAUUGACUGGGACAAAUUGACCUCCUUUGUGCUGCUUGAGCUGUAUGAGAGAGAUGAACGGGCCAGGCGAUCGGUCAUCCCUCACUGGAAGGACCUCCGGUUUCUCCCUCUGAUCCACAAAGAUGCUGUUCAGAGCGUAACGUUAUUGAAAAGCCCUAUCAGCUACCUGACUGUGAGCAGGAGCGGUUUGCUUGGCUGCUGGGGAGAGAGUCUAAAGUUACAGAGGACUCUUCAGAUCACCACAGAAGCUGUCAAGCCUAAAGACCUCUGGGUGACCUCUCUGGUUGCACUGCCAAAUGUUAACAAGGUAGCUGUCUCAUUUACAAGCAAAGAGAUCUAUUUUGCUGAGCUGAAUUCCAAACAAGGGUUCUCAUGUCAGUAUAGACUUCAAGGCUUUGGGGGAACAGUGAUAUGCAUGGACUACUGGUACAACCCUCAUGAUGGAAACGAUGCUAUUCUGACAAUGGGAGAUGUCUGUGGGCAGGUCCAAGCAAUUGUCUUCAACACAGCUCUGAUCUCAUUGUUUGAACGACCUUCAAAUUCCACUGAAGAUGAAAAUGUGACAAUGACUGUCACUUGGCAGGAGCUGGUCUCUGGGUAUCACAAAUGCUGCUAUGUGUUAAGGCACAAACUCCAUGAUAAGGAAUGGGUUAGACAAGUUGCAUACAUCCCCUCCUUAGAUGUCUUUCUGUCCGUUACCACCAGCAGCACAAACACACUGGUGCUAGCUUGGAGAGAGAAAUUAAGUCCUCGUCUUACAACGACAACUUUCCACGUCGCUCAAGGAGUCAAUGCUUUUGAUUUCCAUUCAAGGCUCAACUUGAUAGCGACCGCAGGAGUUAAUCGCCAUGUUUGCCUUUGGAAUCCUUAUGUCACGUCUAAGCCCGCCGGAGUCCUGGAGGGCCAUUCAGACAGUGUAAUCGCCGUCCGGUUCAUUACUGAGCGCAAACUGCUCUUCAGCUUCGGAAAGGAUAAGGUCUUAAGGAUAUGGGACAUUCAGCAUCAGCUUUGCAUCCAAAGGAUUUCUGGUUCCUUCCCCAAAAGCCUAGAUUUCCAUUCCACGCUUUGCUUUGAUGAAUCCCAUGGGCGUCUUUUCAUCUCGUUUAACAACCAAUUGACAUUGCUGGAGAUGGAGCAAGAUUCAGGCAAAAGCAGAGUUGCCAGUCACAGGAAAGCCGUUACGUGCCUCCUUUACAAUUCAGUGCUCCAGCAGGUAAUCAGCUCAGAUGCUGGAUCUACUGUUAUCUUCUGGCUGAUUGAUACUGGGCAGAAAAUCAAAGAGUUUACAGGUUGCCAUGGCAAUGCUGAGAUCAGUACUAUGGCUCUCAAUGGGACUCAGACCAGACUCUUCACCGGAAGCACAGAUGGAACCGUAAAGAUCUGGGACUUCAAUGGACAUUGUCACCAUAAGCUCAAUGCCGGAAGAGACCGAGCAGUUGAAAUCUCCCAGAUCAUGGUGCUAAGCUGGACUAUAUUAGUUCUGGGCUGGGACAGGACAAUUACUGUCUUCCGCCUGAGCAGCUUGACUCAGUUUCUGGUUCAGCCUUCGGAAUGGAAAGGAGGAGCUCGGCACCAGGACGACAUCUUAUGUGCGGCGUUUCUGCCCCCGCAGACUCUAGUUACAGGGAGUUCUGAUGGGGACAUUGUUGUAUGGAAUAACAGCACAGAAAGCGCCUGCUCUAAGCUGCACUUGAAUUCCAGGAGAUCACUGAAAUCCAGCUCAGGCUCUCAGAUGCAGCGGAACGUAACUUCUGCUGGCAGGCUGUCCUCUAGAAGACACACACUAUCUGCAGCUGACUACGCCAACUCUGACGAGAACUGUCAUUCCAUUACUAGGCUCUUCUUCCUGGAGGGGAGGAACGUUUCAGUGUCAGGAGGUGCAAACCUGGUAUCCUGUGGAGGUGCUGGUUACGUGAGGUUUUGGAACACGCAGAGAGGGAAGCUGCUGGCAGAGUUUGAAGCCCAUAGCGGGGUGGGAUCCAUUAUCAUGUCCAUUGAUGAAAGAAGCCAGUACCUCAUAACAGGAGACCUGGUUGGAUGGGUGAAGAUCUGGAACAUAGAGGAUUACUGCCUUAUUUUGGGAGAAAAUGUGAAUUACCAGCCACCCACUCUGAUCAGAUCUUUCCAGAUGCACGACGAUUGUAUCACUUAUCUGGAGACCUGUGUACGAAACAACUGCCUCUUUAUCCUCUCGUCUUCGGCAGACUGCAGCAUUGUUCUUACUGAUAUUUCUGGCGUUCUGUUUGGAAUAUUUGGGCAGGAAGGACAUUGGAGGAUUGGAAAUCAUGUUCCAUCCUUCCUCAAGGAAGAAAACAAGUAUGACACAGAGGAGGAGAAUGAUAUUAAAAAGAACACCGUAUCCUUGGUUGAAGAGGAAGAGCCUCCCCCUAUUCCAGUGGAACAAGCUGUACCUGUUACAGAGGAUAACGACAACUUCGCAUGUGUGCUGAAUAUAUGGGACAACACAAUAUUAGGUAAAAGAUACAAAGAGGGGAAAACACAGAAGAAAAGAAAACAUACCCUUUUCAACAGAACUGCUGUGAUAAAGCCAACAGUUGUAUUUAGGUCAUUAAAUAUUGAAGCCCUGGAGGAGACGACAGAAAUGAAUGAGAGCGACUUUCUUCUGCACCCUGACAAAUACUUUGGGGGAAAGUUGGCGGAGAAGGACUCUGAAGAUUUAAAGCUGCCUACCCUUUCGGCAACCCUGAAAGCUGCAUUUGAUGAAAAGAACUUAUUCCCCAAAGAAAUUCUGGACCGUGAAAAAAAAUCAAGGCAGCUGCAUGAGGAAAUGUGCAACAGAGGCAGGAUAACAAACGAGAGAAAGCAAGGGAAGUUGAAAGGAAAAUGAAUCAAGCUUUGCUUCCAAAAAAAAAGGAGAGCAAGGUUUUGCACAGCAUUGCUAGACCCUAGAAGAAAAAUGGUUUGAAGAACAGUUAACCAAAUCAAAGGACGACAAGAAGCUUCAAAAUCCAAAUUCAGAAUGAAAAAGUGCAUUUGUGUCGUACAUUCAGAAUAUAAGUUUUGCUUCUUUUCUUACAUUUAUUAUGGAUUAAAGGUUUGUCUGCUUUUUGAGAUGCAGCAAAAAAAAAAAAAUGAUGAAAAAAUGUCAGCACUGCAGGCCUGAAUCUUCUGCCUGCCAUGUACUUGUGAUUUGUUUAUGUACUUGAGAAAAAGCAGACAAGAACUGGAAGCCAUUUCCUUUAUUGAAGAAGAUUGUCUUAAUAGCAAUUCAUUAAAGAUAUUUAUGCAGUUCUCUGCUCAUGUAAUGAAUAUUUAACCAUUCUGAAAACAAAGGUUCAGAAAUCCAAAGUUAUUGCUC